UAAAAAAAAAUGGUAAGGGGUGGGUCUGUUGGGUGAUUUGUGGUACCUGGAAGGCCCAAGCUGCGCAUUGGAAAUGCGUGCAAGCCAUUUUAAGGCCGUCGGCUGAAGUCCGCGAAUCCAGAGCCCCCAAUUGGGUAUGCAAGGCCCCGAUAUUGUACAAAAUGCACAUCAAUUCAAAUCGAAUGUCGGGGAUGUUACAUGGCAUGCCGGUGUAAUUAUCCUUCCAUGAGAAAUACACAGCUGCUGCUUGUCCCUCGUACAUGGGGAACCUCGAUUUCAGGAAAUGCAGCUGGCAGUAGUAUUUUUUCAGGAGCUGACAGCCGGCUACAUCAAUCGUGGGGCGUAUCGCAGCCGCUCGUAGCGCCUCCAAAUUGCUUAUUUCGCUAUUGUACGACGCGGGGUCCUCGUUGUAGAAAGUCGCAAUGUACUAGAAUUGGGUUUAGGUGCGAUUGGCACAAAAGCGGAUUUUUUACCUGUUUGAGUUGGGGCCCGAAUUGAGCAUUUUCCGGGCUUGUUUUCAGCUCGAAACUUAUCAUAGGCAACCUGGGCACAGCCUCCAUUCUCUCUACCUUGUUUCGGAGGGAUUACUGAACGAAAUGAGUCAUAGAAAAAUCGAUAGAACUAAAAUUGGGAGUUUAAGGAAGAGAAUCAUACAAAAUGAGAUUUUUUACUUGUUGGGGUGAUUUUUUCCCAGGAACUGCAUCGAAUAUGAAACACAGUGAACAAUUUGAAACUAAUAAAAACAAACACGGGACAUUUUAAUAAUUUUUUGUCAGUGACACUUGACGUAAAUGACGGGUACAGAGCAGCCAAUCUUACGUAACGAAAAUUUCUACAAAACAAAUUUACUUCAAAAAUAUUUUCUUUAAUAAGAAACUAUAUAACUAAUUAAACAUUUCCCUGACAAUUUGCUAAUCGUCCUAAUAACGAAGCGCGUUAAAUUUUUCAAGUUUCGGUUUUAUUGUUUUUCGGCUAUGAAUCCAGCAACUUGACUCAACAAAAAUCACCAAUUUUUUAAACGUCAUCUCUCUCGGCAUAACCUCUUUUUUAGUAGAUUUUUUAUUUUUGGAGUUUGUGGAAAUGUGGGCCGACACUUUGCUGAUUGUCUUUAUUUCCAUUUGCACAGCCUUGUUGGGCGAGGGCCUGACUUGGUUAAUGGUGUACCGCACUGAAAAGUACCAAAAGUUGAAGACCGAAGUGGAGAGACAGAGUAAAAGACUCGAGAAACGCAAAGAGGCUCACGGCGACUCGCUCGACAAGCAGCACAAGAAGAAAAUCGAACGAGAAGAGGAACGUUUGAAAAACAACAACCGGGACUUGUCUUUGGUCAAAAUGAAGUCGAUGUUUGCGAUUGGGUUUGCUUUUACCGCCCUACUCAGCAUGUUCAAUAGCAUAUUUGAUGGGCGAGUUGUGGCCCGUCUCCCUUUUAUGCCCCUGACUUGGAUCCAGGGGCUGAGCCACCGCAAUUUGCCAGGUGAUGACUACUACGAUUGCUCCUUCAUUUUCUUGUACAUUCUUUGCACCAUGUCCAUUCGACAGAAUAUUCAGAAAUUGCUGGGUUUUGCCCCCUCACGAGCGGCCUCAAAGCAAGGAAACAGCCUAUUUGGCCCAUCGCCUGGUCAGUUCAAGUAACUGAUUAAUUUUUGUGGAAUAAUUUAUUCUUAACAUAUAUAAAUAAAUAUUAAUUACAACAAUAUA